AUUCCACUAAUCCCUCUUCGUUGAUUCUAUUCUACCAUCCAUUUCUUCUCUCGAUCCUCCACCGUAUGCCCCCUGCACUUCAUUGCAGGAGGUCUCUCUCUCUCUCUCUUCCUCUCUCUCUCCACCCAAUUCAGAUCUCUUCGUCUCCGUUCCUUCUCUUCUUCGGCGAUCCCUUUUCCCUCUCCCAAUUUUUACUUUUCUUCUCUCUGUAUCAUUGUUUUUUGUUUCUCAAUCACUUUGUAUUUGUAUUUUAACUCAUCGUCAUGAACGACUUUGAGGGUCUUCUAGCUACCAAUUAUGGAUUCAAGCCCCAAGGUAAAGCCGCCCCAAUGGCUGCUUCAAAGGGUACUUCCAAUAUCAACAACCCCACAAGCUCCCCGAAUUUCGACCUUGGAUCUCGUGCCUCCUUCCGAUCCACUAAGACCUCCAAUUCCCAAUCUGGGUCUCUCGCCGAUGACCAUGAUUCGCUUAAUCGAUCCAUGAGUGCCCAUGAGAAUCGCGAAUUCGGUGGUCUCGAUGAUCUGCUUGGGGAGUCGUCCAGAUUCUCCAGAAAAUCGGAGAGUCGUGCUGGUGAUUCCGAUGUUAAUUUCGACUCUCUGUUUAAUGGGGCUGGUAAUUCUGGUCAACCGGUGGCUUCGAACUUACCGGUUUAUGAUAAACCCGUGUAUGAUGAUGAUAUCUUUGAUGGCAUUCCGGGCUUGAAAAACUCGUCUAAAGUUCAGUAUGAUGAUGUGUUUUCAUCAAUGUCUUCGCCGCCUAAAGCAGAUUCAGCAUUCGAUGAUCUUCUUGGGGGAUUUAACAAAUCGGGAGGUGUAUCGAAGCGUAAGGAUAAAGAGAUUCCUGCUUUUGAUGAUUUGAUACCUGGGUUUAGAGGCAGCAGCUCCCCUGGUGACAGGUCAAACUCAGGAGGCAGCUGGUCAUCAGAGCCAAGUUCAGUUAAAAGUAAAACGUCCUCCAUGCCAAUGGAAAACCCGUUUGGCGUGUCAAGGGAGCGUGAUGAUCCACACCAUGAAGAAGCUAGUGACGUCAGUAAUUUUAAAAGCCCAAAAUUUGAUGGUUACCCUUCCUCUGGUGCGAACAAUAAAGCUGUUGAUGAUAUGGACCCAUUUGCUAGCCUUGGUAAAUCUGUCCCUGCAUUUUCAUCAGAAGGGAAUAAUAGAGGUAAGGCUAGGAGUCCUCCUAAGGUAGAUGGAAGUUCUGCUGGGCCUCAGAAUAAUAAGAGUAAAGAUACUAUGGAGAAACUAUCUGGAAAAACUUCUGGACAACCUUUGAAGAAGGAGGUGUCGGCUAAGAAUGACAGACAAUUUGAUGAGCCGGUGUUCGACAUUCCUACAGUUCCAACUAGUUUUCAUAAAUUUGUUCCUCAAUCAACAUCUCCUCCAGCUCCGAAAGAUGAAAACAUGAUGGGCGAUACGUCUAGAUUUGAAGAUCGUGUUGAAUCAGAUGAAAUAUGGCUCACUGUAUCAGAGAUUCCUCUUUUUACACAACCCACUGUUUCUCCGCCCCCUUCAAGACCGCCACCUCCUAUACCGCAGCAGGUUCCAAAAGAAGGAACGAGUCCGUAUGGGUCUCGAAGUUCAAAGAUGAAUGCUAAUGACUUUUCUUCAGUUCCCAAUUCUACACAUCAUUAUCAGAUUCCUAAAUCUGCUUCUGCCUCAACGAGAGAUCAAGUAUCUUCGGUGGAUGAACUCGAGGAAUUUGCCAUGGGACGGAAUCAGAGUAAUGCUGAUGAUCUAGUAAAUGGUCUUUCUAAUGAAGAAGCAGAGAUGAACUCUGCUGCUGCAGCCAUGAAGGAGGCAAUGGAUAGAGCAGAGGCUAAGUUUAAGCAUGCCAAGGAAGUGAGGGAAAGAGAGAGUACAAGAACUUCUAAAAGUAAAGAAUCUGUAUAUUGGGAUAGAGAUGAGAAAGCCAUGCGAAAUAAUAGAGUUGAAGAUGAGGAGAGCAUGGAUCAUGAACGGUUCCAACGAGAAAGGGAAAGGGAAGAGAAGGAGAAACGGAGAGCUGAACGAGAGAAAGAAAGAGCGAGGGAGCUUGAGAGGGAAAGAGAGGAGAAAGAGAAAGAACAAAGAAGGUUAGAAAAGGAAAGGGAAAGAGCUAGGGAGCUUGAGAUGGAAAGGAUAAAAGCCAGACAGGCUGUUGAAAGGGCCACAAGGGAAGCACGUGAGAGGGCAGCUACUGAAGCUCGCUUAAAAGCUGAAAGGGUUGCUGUUGAAAAGGUAAACGCGGAGGCUCGAGGACGUGCUGAAAGGGUUGCAGUUCAAAGAGUUCAAGCUGAGGCCCGUGAAAGGGCUGCAGGAGAGGCCCGAGAAAGAGCGGAAAGGGCUGCAGCAGAAGCACGGGAAAGAGUAGAAAAGGCAGCUGCAGAAGCAAAAGAGAAGGAAGCACGAGAGAGAGCUUCUGUUGCAAGGGCAGAAGCUGAAGCACGGAGCAGGGCAGAACGAGCUGCCGUGGAAAGAGUUGCUGCAGAGGCUCGAGAAAGGGCUGCUGCAGAUGCUCGAGAGAGGGCUGCAGCAGCAGCCAGGGCAAGCCAACAGAAGAACGAAAACGACCUUGAGUCAUUUUUCAGCAUGGGUAGAGCCAGUAGUGCACCUAGGCCCAGGGCCAACCCUAUGGACAACUUCUUUGAUUCCCAAUCACCAAGUAGACCAGAGCCGCAGACAACUAAACAGCCUUCUACCACUUCAUCAAGUAUGAGGAAAGCAUCUUCAACCACUAAUAUUGUUGAUGAUCUUUCAUCUAUCUUUGGAGGUCCUCCAUCUUCUGGAGAAUUCCAGGAAGUCGAUGGGGAGAGCGAGGAAAGACGAAGAGCCAGAUUGGAACGCCACCAGAGGGUACAAACGCGUGCGGCAAAAGCUCUGGCUGAGAAAAAUGAGCGAGAUCUUCAAAUGCAAAGGGAACAAGCCGAGAGACAUAGAAUUGCUGAAACACUGGAUGCUGAGAUCAAGCGUUGGGCUGCAGGGAAGGAGGGCAAUUUACGUGCUCUUUUAUCAACUUUGCAAUACGUGCUCUGGCCUGAGUGUGGGUGGCAGCCAGUUUCUUUGACUGAGAUGGUUAUUCCAAAUUCAGUCAAGAAAGUAUAUAGGAAAGCCACGCUAUGCAUUCACCCUGAUAAGGUGCAGCAAAAAGGUGCCACUCUUCAGCAAAAGUAUGUUGCUGAGAAGGUGUUUGACAUUCUAAAGGAAGCGUGGAAUAAAUUUAACUCGGAGGAACUUUUCUAAGUUCAAUGGAUGAUUUUUCGAAGACGAAACGGGAGAAUGAAUGUUUGGUUCAGAGGGCCACGCAACCGAUAAAGACGUGGCUUCGCAAUUUGGUGGACGAGAUGACAUCCAAACUGGUAAUAUGAUUUCAUUGUUUCUCAUUCUUUUUCUGCUCAUCCUUUUUUUGUUAUUCUGUAUAAUUGAUGAUUUUCCUCAAGUCUAUAAAAGAAAGAAAGAUCAGUGUAUGAAUGAAUGGUAAAUGAUGGGGAGAGUUAGAUAUAAAGUAGAAAUAUGAUGAAGUUGUGUGGUUUUUGCUUAUCUAUAUUCGUUUCUUCGCCAAUUCUUGCUUGUGAUGUGUACAAACUGGGUGAAUAUAUGUAGAAGUAUUUAUAAUCUUACAUUAACUUCUUUGCCAUUAUAUUAGUAACAUGAAAUUUUUCAAUG